UAAUAAAUUAACAACUUAUCAUAAUAAUAAACGUAAUUAGUAUACCCCAUGUAACGGAGACGGAUUCAGGAUUUGAAAAUAGGGCGGGCUAAAUUUAUCUUACAUACAAACUUAGAAAACUUGUACGAGUGAAUUUCAUUGAAGUAUGAAUUUUAAGGUCAAUUAACAAUUACAUGAUAAACUUCUCCAUGAAAGGAAAAUAAUUGAAAGCAUUUAUUAUCCAUUAUAAAAGAAGAAGAAGAAAAAAAAAAAGAACCAUUUUAAUCCAUCCAACGCAACUUGAAAAAUAAAAAUGAGAAGAAGUAGCCAAAAUUUAUAAGGAAAAAAAAUGAAUUGACGUUUUAUGUACACUAGAAAAGGUUAAAAAAAAAAAGAGAUUUUCUGUGGGCGGGAUCACUAGGAUGGGGUGUGUGGAGUGGAGGUGUACUUUGGUGAGCUGAGUAUUAAUAUUGGACUAUAAAAUAUCAAGUCACCGAAACUAUAGCUCAUGUUAGCAUGGACGUAGGACCGUCCCUGUCAUAUAAUAAGCGAAAUAAAUUUGCGUUAUAUCUUGGUUAAUACAGCGAUUUUGGUAGAUGCACAACUUGUCUUUAAAAUAUUUCCUUCUUAUUACUUAUUUACCGAUUAAUUUCUAAAAAUUAGAACUCAAAUUAGUAUCAUACGAAAUCAUUUCAUAAAUAACACCAUUGAAAUUAUAUUUAUGUGAUGAAGCAUAAUUGUCAUUGCCCAUAUGUGGAUUAAAUAAAAAGAAAAAAACAUCAACAACCAGAAGGGUAAGCAAAAUGUUUAGUGUUUGUUUGUGCUUUGGGUUGACUUGAUUUUGAUGUUUUGGGUUGAACUUAAAAUUUGAGAGUCCAAAUUGAAAUCAAAAUAUCAGUUUCCAAAGAAAGCCGAAGCCAAAACUAUCCCGCCCAAGUAUCAAACCAAAACACCUAAAAAGGGACCCGCCUAGUACCAAAUCUUUAUGCCCCAAAUGAAAAUACGAAAGUUUCAAACUUUUUAACCCAAACAUUUUUCAGACCCAAAAAAAAAAAAAUCAGUUUAGAUUGACUAAGCGCGCAAUUUUAACUUCAAAAAAAAUAAAACGACCCAAAAUUUUCAAAUUUGGUUCAUCGAAAAUAAAAGUCACGUGGAAACCCGGCCCCACACAGAAAAAUUCCCAAAAUUUCAAUUUUGUCCAGGGGAACGACAAAACGCUCCAAAAAUAAUAGAAAACAAAAUAAAACGCUCCAAAAUCCAAAAUCCCCAAAUUUUAGCUGCAACUAAAAAAUUCACGUCAAAUCAAACAGCGCCAAAAGCACAAAUUUUCGAAGCAGAGUUGAGCAUGGCGCUCUAUUUUCUCUCUCAAAACUUCAAAACCCACCCUCUCUUUCAUUCUCACUACAUAUUGCCAUCACCGCUCAGAGUCUUACACCUCAAACUCUGCGCUUUGCUUUCUCUCUCUAUCUCUCUCACAGUCCAACCCGAGCCACGACAUCAAGUAAAGACCAAAGCUCGACCAGUGCAGAGCAAUGGCUUCUACCACCGUGGCCGAGCAACUGAACUGCACUCGCAUCACUACUCGUGCUGCGGCGAAGCGGAGGGCGAUGGCCGCCUUGGUUGAGGAGCAUCAGCUGGCUACCAAGAAGCGCGCGGUGCUUGGAGAUGUUACGAACUUGGUCAACGUCGUCGUUUCGGCCAACCACAAAUCUUAUGGUGAGUUGCAGAAACCGAAUUGUGCAAUCAAGAAGGAGGAGAAGAAAGCCGUAGCAACACGUGACAUUGAGGAUCCGCAACUGUGUGGACCUUAUGCUUCGGACAUUUAUGCCUAUCUUCGUAGAAUGGAGGUGGAACCAAAGAGAAGGCCGUUGCCUGAUUACAUGGAGAAGGUUCAGAAAGAUGCUAAUGCUAAUAUGAGAGCGGUCCUUGUGGAUUGGCUUGUGGAGGUUGCAGAGGAAUAUAAGCUCCUUCCAGACACGCUUCAUCUCUCCGUUUCUUAUAUCGAUAAGUAUCUAUCGAUCAAUGUGGUCAAUAAGCAGAAGCUUCAGCUAUUGGGAAUUGCUUCAAUGUUCAUUGCAUCGAAAUAUGAAGAGAUUACUCCUCCAAAUGUGGAUGAGCUCUGUGACAUAACAGAAAAUACGUAUACAAAAGAAGAGGUGAUCAAGAUGGAAGCCGACAUUCUCAAGUCCCUGAAAUUUGAAAUGGGCAAUCCUACUACUCGGACAUUCUUAAGAAAAUUCACUGAUAUUGCUCAAGAGAAUUACAAAACUCCCAAUUUGCGGUUAGAGUUCUUGGUUUGCUACCUUGCUGAGCUGAGUUUAUUGGAUUACAAACUUGUGAAGUUCCUGCCUUCUUUGGUAGCUGCAUCAGUUGUUUUUCUGGCACGAUUUAUGACUAGAACAAAAAUACAUCCUUGGUGUCCAGCCCUGCAACAGUAUACUGGAUAUAAAGCAGCUGAUUUGAAAGAAUGUGUUCUUGCCAUACAUGACAUGUGCUUGGGUAGAAGAGCACGAAAUUUGAAUGUUAUUCAAGAGAAAUACAAACAACUUAAGUUCAAAUGUGUGGCACACACUCAUUGCCCUCAAGAUAUACCAGCUUCUUUAUUUGAGGAUCUGAAAACAUGAAAGUACAAUCCUUGUAGCAAGGGCUUGUCCAAUGUGAUAGUAAGAUCUGGAUAUAAGUUUUAUUGGGUGUGCUUGAUUGAUUGGAGGGUUGAUGGCGAUGGCUGAUGGUGUUUGCCAAUUGCUAUUGGGUGAGGAUGGGGCAUCAUUCUGCUUUGCGCCAGAUUACAACUUGAUUGACCUUUGUGUUGGAUUUCUGGGAAGCAGCUGGUUCUAUAUUAUCAUUCAGCAAAUACACUUCAGCUAGCGCAGAUCAAAACUGAGUAAGCUGUGAUGCAGGGUAUGGUCUAGUGGUGAACCAAAUGAGCUGACCCAAAGGGUAGCACUUAAGCAGACUGAUGCUGUAAACUUUCCACCCGAUGUGGUGCAAUUGCAACGAUGGGUGCAUGGCAUCUAAUCGUAGUGUGCCAACAAAGAAAAUAUACAUGAUUGCUUUAUCACCUUAACAGCUGGGUUGCAUUUGUUUAGCCACAGACGUAAUGACGCACGAGAAGAGUGUUGCUGUUGUCAAACUGAAACAGCCAGGCCAGCGGCUAUAAUUUACUUUUGUGGUUAGGUUAACUAGGAGUUUACUGUUAGUUUUAGUUACGUUAAAUACUUGUUACAUCAGUUACAUUAGCUGAGGGCUAAUCUUGUAGCCUAUAUAUACUGUAACACUGUCAUGUUAAUAAUUAAUGAGAAUGUUUACUUUCAGAA